AUGGCACCCUCUAGAGAUAAUUUGGGCUUUGAGUGCGCCGUCAUCACCGGCGGCGCCGGAGGCAUUGGCAAAGCGAUGGCCCAACACUUCAUCUCAAAGGGCAAGAAGGUUUUGAUUGUUGGACGGACAGAGUCUAAGCUCCAAGAGACAACGAAGGAAAUUGGAGCCGCCGGGUAUUAUGUCCUUGAUACCGGCGAGGUCCAUACAAUCCCGGACUUCGUUAAGCGCAUCACCGAAGACCAUCCCGAACUGGACUGUCUGGUCAACAACGCCGGUGUCCAACGACCUCUCGAGAUCUUGAAGGACGACGAGUUUCUCUCAAAGGCGGAUCAAGAGAUCAAUAUCAACAUUCGUGGCCCGAUGCACCUAGCCCUGGGCUUGCUACCUCACUUGCAGACCAAGAAGUCCGCUCUUAUCAUCAACGUUUCGAGUGUCCUCGGCUUUAUCCCAUUCUCCAUCAUCAAUCCCGUUUACAACGGGACCAAAGCUUGGCUGCAUUUCUGGAGUAUGAAUCUCCGCACGCAGCUGAAGAACGGUGGAUCAAAAGUCAGAGUGGUAGAGAUUGCGCCGCCGACGGUUGCCACAGACUUGCACCGCGAGAGAUCAGACCCCAAUGACAACAAAAAAGAGAACAACCCUAACGCUCUCAGCGUUAAUGAGUUUAUAGAGGAAGUCUCCAGCAAGUUGGAGAAUGGAGAUGAGACCAUUGGGCCAGGCAUGGCCGGGGAGGUCAUUGACCGCUGGUACGGUGCUUUUGGAGAACAAUAUGCGAAGGCGGCUGAAAGCAAGUAA